AUGCCAGCCGCCGUGGCCGUUCCCAACGGAGACUCUAGUCUGCCUAAUGGACACUCCAACGGAGUCGCUUCUGGGUCGAAAAAACCAAAAUCACGAGCAGCUCUAAGGAGGCAAAAGGCCAAAGCAAAGGCUGCGUCAGGUGCAUCAGAAAGUGAGGCAGAGUCGGAAAGCGAGCGAGCAUCAGACACAGAGUCGGUCGCAUCCUCCACAACUUCCCUGGACCUCUCGAUUGACCCGUCUGACCCGGCGUACUCCUCCUUUGCCAAUGUCUUUCGACAUUUUCAGGAGGGCGAUUCCAACGGAUUUGGACCCAUUGAGACGGGACCGAGUAAGGGAGAAGUAUAUUACUCAGACGAAGAGGACGAGGAUGAGGAAAGUAGAGAGGCAGCAGCGCGUAGGGCGAUGGACCAGCAGGGAAUGACUAGGCGGCAACGUCGACAAGCGGCGAAACUCACUGUUGCUGAGCUCAAGCAGCUGGUCGAACGUCCAGAAGUCGUAGAAUGGUUUGACUGCGAUGCUCGAGAUCCACGUCUAUUGAUCAGUCUAAAAUCCCAUCGAAACACCGUUCCUGUGCCGGUCCAUUGGAACGCAAAGCGAGACUAUCUAGCCGGAAAGAGAGGUAUCGAGAAGCCACCAUAUCUCUUACCGCCUUGGAUUGCAGAGACUGGUAUCGGGGAGCAGAGAGACGCGGUCAAGGCGAAAGAGGCCGAUCAAUCAUUACGGCAAAAGACACGAGAACGAGUCCAACCAAAGAUGGGCAAGAUCGACAUCGAUUACAACAAACUCCACAAUGCGUUUUUCCGAUUCCAAGGCAAACCCAGCAUGUCAAAGUUUGGCGAGGCCUAUUACGAAGGCAAAGAGCUAGAGACAGACUUGCGGACGAAGAAGCCCGGGGAGCUGUCAGACGAGUUGAUCGAAGCUCUUUCCAUUCCCCCACUCGCUCCUCCUCCUUGGCUCAUUGCGAUGCAACGGUUUGGACCUCCACCAUCCUAUCCCAACCUGCGUAUACGUGGUCUCAAUGCACCGAUCCCGACAGGCGCUCAAUGGGGAUUCCACCCUGGAGGCUGGGGAAAGCCGCCGAUGGACGACUUCAACCGACCGUUAUAUGGAGACGUCUUUGGAGUGAUGCAAGGAGCAGAGAUAGCAAACCAAAACGAGAUCAAUCGGGAGCUGUGGGGGGAAAUCGAGGCCAUGGACGAGGAAGACGAAGAAGAAUCUGAAACUGAAGCCGAGCCUGAGAAGGAGGACCGAUCAUCGAGAUCCGCUGCUGCGCCUGGAGCUGGGGCUGAAACGCCAUCUGGUCUCGCUACACCGUCAGGCUUCCAAUCACAAGUCUCAACCGUGCCUGGUGGACUUGAGACUCCGGACUUUAUCGAUCUGCGGAAGAACACGAGGGCAGGUACAGAAUCUACGGGUCCCAAGGAGUUGUACCAUGUCGUUCCUGAGCGGGAGACGAGCGUCAGAGGGUUCAUGGGAAGUUCAACUGGAUACGAUCUGGGCAAUAUUUCAAAAAGCGGGGUUGGUGUCCUGGGUGAUGAUCGCACGCACAAGCGUAAAGCCGGCGAUGUCGAUAUCGCCAUUGAUACGGACGAAGAAUUGACUCAAGCCCAGCUAAAAGAGCGAUACGAGGCUCAACGAGCGGCUCAAAACAAGGUUCACGUACCAGGAGCCGACGCGGACAGGAGUGGAUUCGAUGAAGUGGUAUCGGGUGAAAUGAAGAAACGAGCCCGUAAAGAGACAGGAGGAAGCGGAAGGUCAAGUGGGAAGGACAAGGCGGAAAAGUACAAGUUUUGA